AAUAUUAAUGAGCUCGCUCGGCCCGCCCCCCGCAGCUGCAGCCGGAUGUGUCGCCUCUGGUCGGGAUGUUGUGAUGACGGAGCCGCUGUGGUCGGAACCGACAUGACGCGAUAAGUGGACACACACGGUGUAAGUCCAGCUCAUCAGAACCGAGCCUGGAGGCUAACUACAGACUGUUAGCUCACCACUGUUAGCAUCUGCUAGCUGUUAGCCAAGACGGUUCUGUGUGUGUGUGUGUGUGUGAGAGAGAGAGAGUGUGUGUGUGUGUGUCGGUACCGGGUGGUUCUCCCGGUACCGUCAGUGUUAGCUCCACGUUAGCUCGGCUCAGCUCGUCAUGAAUGUGAGCUAACGCUAGCAGACCGGACCGGCAGGGUUCGGCUGAGGCCUUUGAAGCUGCCCGAGGUCCGAACGGACCCGAACCUCGACCAGAACACACAGACCCGGUUCUGUGAGGUCUGCUGGGCUUUAGCGAACUAACGAGGACAGGACAGCAGCUUGACGAUGGCCGACAGGAAGAGGAAGUCUGCCACUGUGAUGAAAACAAAGAAAGAACAAGACGAGCUGAAGAAGAAGGAGGACGAGAAAGCAGCCGAGGUGUUCGAAGAGUUCGUCGCCUCGUUUGAGACGAAUAAGAAAAGCGGCGUGAAGACGUUCGUCCACGGAGGACUCGCCAACCCAACCACAGAGGACGAAGCCGCCGACCUGAAGAAGAGUCAGCUGUACCAACCCGCCGCCAGGUUCGUCCCCGUGUCCCAGCAUGCAUCACCAGAGCGCAGGAAGUCUACCUUUAAAAGGAAGACGGACGAGAAGAAGAAGAAGAAGAGCAACCUGGAGCUGUUCAAAGAAGAGCUGAAGCUAAUACAAGAGGAGCGCGAGGAAAGACACAAGAGGAAGAAGACUGACGGAGGAGGUGGUGGAGGAGGAGAUCUGGACGUCCUGCUGUCAGGACGAUCGACGCUGUACGAUGACCUCACCGUGCCGACCACCACCAACCUCUACAUCAGCUGCAUCAGCCCGAAGAUGAACGAGGAGAUGCUCUGCAAAGAGUUCGGAAAGUACGGCCCGCUGGCCAGCGUGAAGAUCAUGUGGCCACGCACGGACGAGGAGCGCUGUCGGACCUCCAACCGAGCCUUCGUGGCGUUCAUGACCCGGAAAGAUGCAGAGCGAGCUUUGGCGGCGCUGGACGGUAAAGUGAUCAUGGGCUUUGAGAUGAAGCUGGGCUGGGGGAAACCGGCUCGCAUCCCUCCUCAGCCUCUCUACACGCCGGUCGGGGUGAGGGCCACGCCGCCGCCUCCGUCCGGUCUGCCUUUCAAUGCUCAGCCGAGGGAUCGCUUCCGCAACGACUUCACCAAGCCGCUGGGCGUAUCCAAAGGAGACCUCGACAAGAGUCUGUCCGAGGCCGUGGUCAAAGUGGUUAUCCCGACAGAGAGGAAUCUGUUAUUCCUCAUUCACAGGAUGAUCGAGUUCGUGGUGCGUGAAGGUCACGUGUUCGAAGCCGUGAUCAUGAACAGGGAGAAAAAUAAUCCAGAUUACAGGUUUCUUUUUGACAACAAAAGUCAGGAUCACGUGUACUAUCGCUGGAAGCUCUUCUCCAUCCUCCAGGGAGAGUCGCCCACUGAGUGGAGGACCACAGACUUUCGGAUGUUCCGGGGCGGCUCCAUCUGGAGACCCCCCAUCCUGAACAGCUACUCUCAGAGAGGUGAAGAUCAGGCAGAGGAGGACGCUCCACCUGAGGAGGAGGUGAAGAAAGGGCAGCUCAGAGCGGAACACCGUCAGAGGCUGCAGACGUUACUCAAAGAGCUGACGCCGAGCAGAGACCACGUCGCCAAGGCCAUGCUGUUCUGUCUGGAGCGAGCAGACGCCGCAGAGGAAGUCGUCGGACACGUCACGGACUCUUUCUCUUUGCUUCAGACGCCGCUUCAGAAGAAGGUCGCCAGGCUGUAUCUCGUGUCCGACAUCUUGCACAACUCGUGUGCCAAAGUAGCCGGAGCUUCAUAUUAUCGUAAAUACUUUGAAGCGAAGCUGACGCAGAUCUUUGGAGACCUGAACGCAGCACACAAGAACAUCCAGGCCCGGCUGCAGGCUGAACAGUUCAAGCAAAAAGUCAUGAGCUGUUUCAGAGCGUGGGAGGACUGGGCCAUCUACCCGGAGCCGUAUCUCAUCCACCUCCAGAACAUCUUCCUGGGCUUCACCAAACCAGUCGAGGAGCAGAUCGACGCGGUCGAGGUUGAUCUGGACGGGGCGCCGAUGGACGGCUCGUCUUUGGGUGGGGUACCUCUGGACGGAGUCCCCGUGCAGGACCUUGAUGGCUGUCCGAUGGGCUGGGACCCGCUGGACGGAGCCUCCGUCGACGACAUAGACGGCGUUCCUUUAGGAGCUGCCAUUGAUGACAUCGACGGGAUGCCUCUGGACGACGGCGGCGUUCCUCUGUCCAGAGUGCCUUUGUCUAAGUGGGAGAAGUCGGCUGAUCCUGGGACAGUUUUUCAAGACAAGACGGAGUCCAAGUGGGACAAGGUGUCAACACGGGGCGGAGAAGAUGAAGUGAAUGUAAGCGUCAACUCACAGGAAGGAGACGAGGACUCGGAGAGUAACAGCAGCGAGGACUCGUGCAGUUUGUCCAGAUACGACAGCGCAGACUUCCAGAGCGCCCUCCGAGGUUUUCAGAUGUCUGACAGCAAAAGAAAGAGGCUGCGAGAGCUGGAGGUGAAGGUGAUGAAGAUCCAGGAUGAGCUGGAGUCUGGUUGGAGGCCGAGGAAGUCCGGAAUGAGCAUCCAACAACAGGUGGAGCUCUACAGGAACAAGCUGCUACAGAAGGAGUUUGAAAAAGACGACGAAAAGAACGAGACAUCGAAGUCUAAAGACGACAGGAGAGACAAGGAGAAAAACAAAAGAAGUGAAGACGGAGACAGAAGACGACGGCGACGGAGUCGAGACCCUGACAACCACGCCAGGAAGUCCAGGAGCAUCUCCCCUUCAAAGACAAAGUCUCCAAAAUGGUCCAAACGUUCGCGAUCACCUUCCCCAAACCAGAAGACGGCCAAGUCCAGGUCCCGGUCCCCACAUUGCUCCCACAAGAAGACAAAGAAGAGCAAACAUUGACUCUGGACCUCGUCAUCCAUGAUCCUGGUUUACACGCUGACCCUGCAGGACACGACUGCUCUCCUGAUAUCAGACACAGCUCUGGGCCCAGAACCCAGAACCCGGAGACCCGGGUCCAGAGCUCACAGUACCUGCGCUGAUUCGCCUCUUUUGUAUGACGAAGUUUGAACACUGUAACUGAUUCUCUCUAUUUUUGUUUUAAUGUUUGUUUUUAAAAUGAAACGUCGCUGCAAAGUUCUGACACUAAAUAAAUCACUGUUAGUGACGAG